GAGAUCAAAUAAAGAGAAAGAAAGCAGAAGAGACAGUGAGAUGCAGACAGAAAGAGACAAUGUGAAAGACACUGAAGAGUGAGAGUAAGAAAGUUUGAAGAGACAGGUUUAGAGGUUCAGAGGAAGAAAAGAGGAUACAAAACAUCUAAUGGAGACUAAAAACCUCCAGAUUUGAACCAAAAAAAGGAAAGUAAAGAUCAAAGAUUGAUUGAUGAGGACCCUGAAGAACUAAGGACGAGACAAAGGAAAAAAGAAAGAACUGCUUGUGUGAAAGUUUGGUGAAAGGGAGUGUCUAUCAUUAAUUUAGUCCAGAGGCAAUAUUCGAACAUUCCCAUGAGUGGCCUGAGCAUUGUGCGUGUGUGUGUUCUGCACUGGCUUUUGCUGAGUGUGUGUAUGAUGUCUCAGUGUGUGCUGUGUCAGAAGGACAGUUUGGUGGCCGGACCCCCCAGCAGAAGGUGUGAGGGGGGAUGCAGCGUGACCGCAUCUCCCCCAAAAACACACCUCAUCCACAGCCAGGACACUCUGUACCGGAAAUCCCAAGAGAACCGCCAGAGAACCGCACAGGCGUCUCCUAUAUCACAGCGCCUGGUGCAGCUGCAGCAGUGUAUGAAGAAGCAGCACAAGCCAGCUGUCGAGAAUCGAGGAGAUGGAUCAGACUCACUGGCCUCUAUUCUGGCUCUAAUGACAGCAGUGCUGACCGAGUGUGACCUGCACUGCCACAGUCAGAGGCUCAGAGAUAUGGCCAGCAAGCUAGAGAGUGCAGCUGUGGGGAGAAAUGGAGAAAAAGAUCUGCUGCUCCUGCUGAAGAGCAUCACGCAGGCUGCACCUACACCCACACCACAGACUCCUACAGUGGCUCCCUCUGCAGGUCUUUAUCCUCAGGAUUGCUAUGAGAUCUUUCAGCUUGGAAUCAAAGAGAAUGGAAUUUACACCAUACAGCCAGAUCCUCAACAACCAGCACUGGAGGCUGUGUGCGACAUGGAAUCUGCAGGUGGGGGGUGGACAGUGUUUCAGCGCCGAUUUGAUGGAGAGGUGGACUUUAACCGGACCUGGAGAGAGUACAGAGAUGGCUUUGGCUCUGCCCAGAAGGAGCACUGGUUAGGGAAUGCAGUUCUCCAUGCUCUAACAGCCAAAGGACAGCACACACUCCGCAUCACACUUCAAGACUGGCACCACCAGACACGACAUGCUACCUAUAACAAAUUCAAAGUGGCAGCAGAGAACCAGAGAUUUCGUCUGACUGCGCAAGCUUAUCACGGAGAUGCUGGUAAUGCCCUGAGUUACAGUAAACGCUACAACCACGAUGGCAGAGCCUUCAGCACCUAUGACAGGGAUCAUGAUCGCUACACAUCUGGAAACUGUGCUCAGUACUACAGCGCAGGCUGGUGGUUCGAUUCCUGUCUGGCUGCCAACCUGAAUGGCCGGUACUACCGUGGCCGCUACAGUGGCAUCACAGAUGGCAUCUAUUGGGGCACCUGGUACAUUCUGACUGACUCUCGCACUGGAGAGAGAUACUCAUUUAAGAGUGUGGAGAUGAAAACACGACCCAAAAAGCCCUGAAAUAUCAUUCUUCCCCUCACACAGAUACAAUCACAGAGACAUACUCAUGUGUUAUAUACCCUAAUGCUUUUUUUACUCUGUAGUUCUGAUGUAAAAGUCUACAAGCUGCAGUAUAAUUGCAGUGUCCUCUGUCUCUCUUUCUCAUAUUUAUUUUUUUAUUUGGGUUAAUGCUAUGCUUGUUACAAUCAAUAAAUAUUGUGGAUAUUUCAUUGAUUUGA